AGGGCGAGCAGUUGGACCCAGCGGGCGUGAUGAAGGAGAACGAGUACCUGAAGAGGAACCGGGAGAACCUCGUGCUGGUGAAGCACCAGCUCGAGGCCAAGCUGAAGGACAUGCAGGUCAGGAACAGGAGCCUGGAGCAGCAGAACCAGGAGUACAAGAGGUUCUGCGAGCGGGGCCAGGCGGGGGACUCCAGCGGCUCGGUCGAGAUCACGAGCCUGCAGCAGCAGCUCGGUGCCGCCAUGCAGAUCAAGGACGCGCUGCACAUCCAGAACGUCGAGCUGCAGCAGCGGCUAGAGGCCGCGCAGCAGAGCACCGAGGACUCGGACCAGAAGAAGACCUGCGUCGUGUGCAUGGACAACCUGCCGAACGUGGUCUGCCUGCCCUGCAAGCACCUGGGGCUCUGCAGCAUCUGCAGCCAGGCCUGCAGCCUCACGCAGUGUCCCAUAUGCCGCAGCGAGAUCAUUGACAAGAUGCAGGUGUACCUUGUCUGAGCGCGAGGACUCCAUGCGGACAAGGCCUCCGUGGUGGCUGUGCACGCCCGGGCCGCUCCCCGAAAGAUCUCGCCGCGCGCGCCCCGCCGGCCGAGCAAGGCCGAGCCGGGGCAUCGCCGGGUUGCGGCGGCCUGUGGCGGCUCCCCAGCCUCGCGCGGAAAAGGGGGGGUGCGCGCCCAGGCCUUCUGGCUUCGGCAGCAACUCGUGGGAGCCUG